UUCUCAAACAUUCAAAUACCAGCUGAUUUGGUUUGAGUAUUUUGUAUAGUGGCAAAAAUUUUGUAUUUUUUUAAGUAAAAUAAUAAAUAAUAAUACAAAGAUGGAUGAGUGCGCUAAUGAUUCUAAAGAGGAACAUUUGCGACUGGCAUCGAUCAUCAAGGACUGUCACGACAAAUUGAGAUCUCAAUCCAAAUUGAAAGGAAUGAAAGAAGCUUGGAGUGAGCAUUUACAGAACACUGCGCUUUUGGAGCAAUACUCGACAGCUAUGCAUCGUUUAGCUUCUAUUUGGGAAACUAACACUACAAAUCCUAAUUUAUAUGCUCGCAGUCGUGUAAAAUGGAUAAUUGACUACUGCAAUUCAUAUUUUUUUACGAACAAAGUUUUUCUCGAAAAACGUGAUCGUGAACAACGACUGGCGGCAUCGUACACAGAUAUGCCAACAUUUGAAGCAAGUGAAUUAAGAACAUCCUUUACAAAUUCUGUAAAUGUACUUGACGUAGGCAGUUGUUUUAAUCCCUUUGCUGGCGAAAGCAAUUUUAACGUCACCGCAAUUGAUCUGUGCCCAGCGACAAGUGAUGUUCUAAAAGGAGAUUUCUUAAAAAUUAUGGUAGACAAAAAAAUAAUCACUGAAGGUGGAGAAGUGCUACGCUUACCAUGUGAAUAUUACGAUUGUGUUAUAUUUAGUCUACUAUUAGAAUAUAUACCAUCGCCAGAGGAACGGCUACAUUGUUGUCAAAAGGCGUACGAACUUUUACAUGCUGAAGGCAUUUUGAUAAUCAUAACACCAGAUUCACAGCAUGUAGGCAAAAAUGCGAAAUUAAUGAAAAAUUGGCGUUAUACACUGGGUACCUUGGGAUUUUAUAGAAUCUGUUUUGAAAAAUUGGCACACAUCACUUGUAUGGUAUUCAGAAAAUCGCUUAUUCCAGCAGUCGCACAACGUUGGGCUGAAUUGCAUCGCGAGGAUUAUAUGUCAAAGACAAUAAAUAUACCACAAGAUAAAGUGUGAUUAUAAACA